AUGUCCGUCUACUUAGGACACAACAUUGAAAAGGGGGCGCGGAUGAUCUGGGUUUGUGUUGAAAUCGGGCUAUCAAUCCAGUUGAAAGGGCCUUCAAGUUCAAAUGGUGUUGGUCGUGUGGAAAUAUUCUAUAACGGAAAAUGGGGAACAAUCUGUGACGACGAAUGGGAUAUCAAGGAUGCUCAAGUUGUUUGUCGUCAACUUGGUUAUGAACAAGCCCUUGCAGCCCUUUGUUGUUCCCAUGGAGACUGGGGAGUCCACAACUGUGGUCAUUUUGAGGGUGCUGGAGUGAAAUGUGCUCGAAAAGUUUCAGUUAAAAGUUGCGCACAUUGGUACAAGUCUGGUAGGAGAUCUGAUGGAAUUUACAUCAUAAAUCCGGAUGGUAAGGGUUCUUUUCAGGACUGGUGUGAUAUGACAACCAAUGAAGGAGGAUGGACGGUGAUUCAGAGAAGGAAAGAUCCAAGUGUGGAUUUUUAUCGUGGUUGGUCAGAAUAUAAAACAGGAUUUGGCACUCUCUCUGGGAAUUUUUGGCUUGGUUUAGACAAAAUAAAUCGUUUAACAGAAUCUGGUCAAAACACAUCAAGAAUUAUACUAAAGUCUGGUGAUGCGAUAGCUUCUGUAAACUAUUCGAUGUUUUCUGUGAGUUCUGAAUCUGAGGGUUAUAAACUGAACGUUGGUGGAUUUUCCACAGAGGGUAAAUAUACAGGACCAACUAUCAGGCUGCGGGGGGCAUUAAGAUCAAAUGGUACAGGUCGUGUGGAAGUAUUCCAUAACGGAAAAUGGGGAACAAUCUGUGACGAUAACUGGGAUAUUAAAGAUGCUGAAGUUGUGUGUCGUCAACUUGCUUAUAAAAAAGCUAAAGAAGCCUUGCAAGGAAAGUAUGUUCCCUCUGGCACUGGACCGAUAUGGUUAGACGACGUUCAUUGCACUGGGAAUGAACAAGAACUAACUAAUUGUCCGUCUAAGAACUGGGGAAGCCAUAAUUGUCAACAUUCUGAUGAUGCUGGGGUAAAUUGUUCUCAAAAAGAUCAAACAGUGAGGCUGCAAGAGCCAUUAAGUUCCAUGGGUAUUGGUCGUGUGGAGGGAAAUCUUGUCCCCUCUGGUUCAGGGCAGAUAUGGUUAGACGAUGUUCGUUGUUCUGGGAAAGAGCAAAAUCUGGCCAGUUGUUCCCAUGGAGGCUGGGGACUCCACAACUGUCAUCAUUCUGAAGAUGCUGGAGUAAAAUGUGCUCCAGAAGAAAAUGCUGGAGAUUCGUUGAUUGAUAAUAACGGGGCAAAAUUCAGUACCAAAGAUAGAGAUAACGACAUGUCAAGUGAAUUUAACUGUGCUGUUCUCCACACUGGUGCAUGGUGGUACAGUAACCAUGACAACACAUGUGGAAACUCCAAUCUCAACGGUUUAUUCCCCAGGGCAGGUAUAUCUUCAGGUGGAAUGACAUGGUACAACUGGAACAACAAUCGACGAUCUAUGACAAAAAGUGAGAUGAAACUCCGGCAGGCUGAUUUGUAG